UCGCGCUUAGCCAUGCUCAAUCAGUUAUGGUUCAACUAUGGAGAAGUUAAUGAAACGUGAUAAAAAAGUGAAGUUUAAAUCCCCCGAUAAGUUUGAACUUUCAGAUUCUUCCGAGGAUGACAACGAUACUAUUCUUAUACCAAAACAGGUCGACCAGCAGGAAGUGCCUAAAAAGAGGAGGAAGAGUUUCACCAACCCAGAGACCAUUGAAACUUUCAACAAAGCUGAGAAUGUCCGACUGGAGGAACACAUCAAGCUUCAGCAUCUGGAGCAGCUGCUGCACGAGUUUGAGAUCCACGACCCCGAGGACAUCCUCAUCCACGAGGAGACCGGCUACUUCCCUGCCAAGGUCUUCAAGAGGACCCCAGGGUGUAUGAAUGUGGAGGAGUUCAAGAACACCAUAUCCAAGGUGCUGGAGACCAAUGAAUACGAUGACUACUUGGAGAGGCUCUUCACCAAGCUGGACACGACGUCGUGUGAUGGAUACGUGGACUGGGAUGAGUUCUGCACCUACCUCCUGCUGCUGUACCGAGAGAAUGACUACCUGCGGACCAAGAAGGAAAUCCCCUUCCUCGUGGAGCCCAAGAUCAGACAUGCAGUACACAACAGGCAAGAGACUACAACCAAGAUCAUAUCUGUUGAAAACCCUACCCGUUAUUUAACAAUAAGUAAGGAAGGAGGCAUGAGUGUGUGGAACUCCAAUAUGUCCUAUGAGAGGAAUUACGUCAUCGAGGACGAAUCCACAGAGACAGUAGGUCAGAAGCGUCGGUUCAAGAUGUGGAUCACUGAUGUCGUCUACAUGCCCAACUGUCAUAAGAUUGCCAUUGGAUCUACCAGUCGGGACAUACGCUUCUAUGAUGUUUCGACUGCCCAGUAUUUUGAAGAAUUCCAGCUGUUUGCCAUGACCGAUGUCCCCUACUGUUUUCACUACUGGUAUAACCAAAAGAACACCAACAAUCGGUCCCUACUGGCGUUUGGCUUGGACUCUGGGAACAUCGGCCUCCUCUACUUCAACAAACCCAUCACACAGCUGUUUGAGAUGCCAUUCCAGAGCGAGGGAGGAGUACAGAAGAUAUUCAUGCAGGACCUUCAUCUUCACACCAAGUAUGUCCAGUAUUCUAUGCUGCCCAACAUCCACCCAGGGAUCAUCCGACAGAUCCGCUUCCUGCCAGACAGCGACUCAAUCAUCUCUUCUUGCGACAGUGAACGCAAGUCUGUGGUCAUCUCUGAUGUCCAAAGCCUGAAGCGGUCUUAUGUCUUCCGAGUAGAUAAGGGUGUUGAGUGUUUUGACUACAACAAGAACAUCAACAUCCUGGCAACUGGCAGCUCCGACCACUACAUCCGUCUAUGGAACCCGUAUGUGACAAGUAAACCAAUCACAGUCCUUGUCGGCCAUGCUACUGGCGUCAUCGGUAUUGCUAUUCAUGAAGGGUUCCGACAAGUGUUCAGCUAUUCCAAGGAUGCGGUGAUUAAGGUGUGGGACAUCCGAGAACAUUCCUGUCUUCAGACGGUGCAGCUCAAGUUCCCCAGCAGCAUCCAUGGACGGAUGCCAGAACAUGGUCAGUUCCCCCUCCACCUCCAGGGGGCACCACACAGUGCUGUCCUUGUUACCAGCAACGACUACAUUGGCAUGCUGAAACUAGGGCAAGUGGCGGCACCACAGAGCGUAAUGCCCACCACACACGAUACGCAGUUGUGCUGCGCCAUCUACAACCACUUCUUCAAACAGGUCGUGACUGGAUGUGACUCCUCCUGUAUAGCUGUCUGGGACAUCGAGAGUGGCAGGAAGUCCAUCGUGUUCUCCAACGCCCACGGAGACGAGGAGAUUACCUGCAUGGUGUUUGAUGAGACGUACAGGAGACUCAUGACUGGCGCCAGGAAUGGUACCAUCAAGGUAUGGAACUUCCAGAAUGGUCACAACCUGCACAAGCUGGAGGCUGCAGCAGAGGCCGAGGUCACCGGGAUCCUGCCAGUCCGGGACAAGAAGAUCAUCCUGUCAGUGGGCUGGAGCAGACUGCUGACCAUCUACGAUGACUCUGACCAGGACAACAUGUACAUCACUGCCAACCAAGACUGGAAAGGAGGACAACUCCACAAGGAUGACAUUCUCUCCAUCGACUUCUGCCCACCAAACUUUGUUGCCACAGCAGGGUUUGAUGGAGAAAUAAUUAUAUGGGAUUUGGAAACAGAAAAAAUGUUUAUAAGAUUACGAAAAGGACAGCAAACAAACUUAAAUAGGAAAAUAGAAGAUUUAACAGCUUCUUUGAAAAAUGAACGACCCAAUUCUAGACACAAGAAAAAACACAGAGUUCCUAAAGGUGAGCCGGUUCCUGUUGACAAGGUGAUGUUCCUGCGAGACCGGGCUGCCACCAGGUUCACAGAGAGUGCAAUGGUGGUGUCUAGUGAAGGGGGUGUUCUCCACUGGUGGAAUAUCUACACCACGAGAUCAGAGCUAGGUUUCUUCAGUGCAACAGACAGCAUGGAUGACUCGGUGUUGGCCAUGUGUUCUAAACCCAACAACACAGCCUUGAUUACAGGUGAUACAGCUGGAAACAUCAAGGUGUGGGACAUAUCUGAAUACUGUGUCAAGCCAGACCCAAGACAUCGUGUAAGGACGUCGCCGCCCCUGGAAGCAGCAUUCAAGGCCCAUGAUGCAGCAGUAGUCAGUGUGGAGUACCUGGAACACGAUAACAGGGGUUUCAUCCUCAGUGCCUCAACCGACAAGACUGCCCGCCUCUGGACGAUUGACGGCUACUACGUUGGGACAUUUGGUCAGAAAAUCCCAUGGAAUCUGAAUGAUGCCUCCACAUGGGCCCAUCCGAAGACACCGUUCAACAUGGAGGACGAAGAAAAAGAUGAAGCCAAUGCUGAUGGAGGCGAGGUCAAGAAAACCUCAACGACCUCUACACCUCGUGAGGACACCGAUGAGGAGGAACAGUUGGAGAUAGGAGAGGACAAAGAGGAGACAACUGCUGAGGAGAAUAAGCAAGAUGAAACCGACACACCAGAAACAAAGACCAAACUAGAAGCACGGCCUAUGUCUGUGGUUGUCCGUCCUACAAAGUCGGUCAGCAGUGAAUUCCCUCGAGACGCAAAACUGAAGUACCGAUCACAAACAUUUGCAUUUGGUUUCGAGAGGACAGACCCUUCUAAGACAUUCCUGGGGGUGAAGGUGGAAAAAGAGUUUGCCCGUAAGAAACAGGACCGCCAGGAACGCCGGACUGUGUUUGGGGAGAUCAACCGGGGCACCACUGCCAGAUUCGGCAAGCUGUGUUCCCCCUACCAGGCACUGACCACUACGGACUUUAAAGAUGUCCAGCUUCCAGAAAAACUGCCGGUCAGUGAUCGGCUCAAGAGUCUUGGUUUUACCGGCAUCAAUCCCACUGAGAGUGACAUCACUGCAUUAAACUUCUCGUAUGAAGUUCCGGACUCACCCCCUAGCGGGGAGGAUACUUCCUUCUCCCGUUUGAAUCUCACCAGUAAGGGAUCUGACAGUUCAACUAAACUUCCACCUAUCAAAUCUGGGAGGUGGUCAAAACUAUCGGAUAAAAUGGGUGGGUCCAAAAAGUCGUCAACUGUGGCAUAGUACAUCCAGAAUCUCUUGUAUGUGAAGAAGAUUAUGUUACUGUAUAUAAGCAGUUUUGUGGAAGAUAUUAUCUGUACAUAUGCUGUUCAGAGUAAGACUGAACAGGGAGAAGGCAGUUUUAGUUAUUACUGGGAACUAUCUCAUUGGCGAUCUCCUGAAAGAUUUGAUGGCAUGUUUUGCCAUUCUUUUGCAAGAACUGUAAAAUAGUAAAAGAAAGUUCUUAUUUGCCUCUAAAUUAAGCCAUCACUUUAACAUUGAAUUCAUAUACAAACAUGGAUAUAAAUCUGCACUAAGCCAUUUAAAAAUUUGAAAUCCCACUCACAAAAUCAAAUUUAACCAAGCAUUGAACAAGAUCACUAAAACAUUUAGUGUAAUUUUUGAGUGUGUUGCACGAUGUGUACAAUGUAUUUCAUAUUAAGGCAUGACUGUUGGAUGAUAAUGUAGUGCAAGGUCUUUAACUUCUUUCAAAAUUCGUAAACAACAAAAGCUGUAUUAGUGAUAUGACCACACAAAAAGGAAAAUUCUGCAAUUUUAUAUUAUUCCACCAAUAACAUGGAAUUCUGCAAUUUUAUAUUAUUCCACUAAUAACAUGGAAUUCUGUGUUUUUUGUACAUGAACAAUCAAUGUCUGUUCAUUUCACAGAAUGAAUUAUGACAUAUUUAGUUUUCCGGAAACUAGCUUUGCAGAUUUACAGUCUUUCAAGCAGUGGUAGGACAAUAGUACAUGAUAAUUUGCUGACCACUUAUUGACAAGUAGGUAUGUAAAAGUACAUCUCGUGUUUAGGGUACAUGGUAUGUUCUAGAUGAUGUGCAGCAUAUGUUAACCCUUUCACUGUCACCACGAAUCAUAUCAGCUGUUCUAUGAGAUAACAGUAAUAGUACUUUGUCCUCCUUGCCCAUCAACCACCACUGUCUGAAGCAGCAAUCUUUGACCUGUUCACCAUGUGGGAUGUCUGGGAAUGUUUUAUAGAUAUAUAUUCUUCAUUUGUCCAACUAUGAGAGCAUGAGUGAGUGGUUUGGGUUUAUCGCCGCUAUGAAGAGUUUUAAAGUUACACCACAGCUUGUCGCCUUGACGUGGAAGGAACUCCAAAAGUGAUGCAGGCCGUAGAUGUUUACUGCUUAAGUGAAACAGUUCUGACAAAACUAGGAAUAGUAUCAGGGCAAAUUGGGACCUGAAAUCAUCAACAUAGCUGGUGAGCAUAGGUUUGACUCUGACAAAACUAGAAAUAGUAUCAGGGCAAACUGGGACCUGAAAUCAUCAACAUAGCUGGUGAGCAUAGUAUGACACUGGCAAAACUAGAAAUACAGUCUGUAGUACAGCAAACUGGGACCUGAAAUCAUCAACAUAGCUGGUGAGCAUAGUAUGACACUGGCAAAACUAGAAACAUCACA